GUGGGUAAAAUUUUAUCACUGCUCCACUAGCGACCGUUUCGAAUUCAGAAAUUGCAUAGUAUCCUUUCAACAAUGUAUUUCAAGCGUAAGAUUUUGUUGUGUUUCUUGUUGUUCAAUAUCGAUGGUUCAUUUCUUUCUAGAGAAAAUUUCGUUUUCGCUUUUGAAAACCCAUUAACGCCAGGUCUUGCCAUUCGCACUGGCAUAAAAACAGCUAUCAAAGCUUCAUCUCAUGUCCUCGGAUCAUGGAAACCUCUGACUCUCAUCACACCCUUGGAGGAAACUAGUUUGGUUAAUCUAACGUCACAGUCACUUGAUAUGCGAAUUAUUACUCCUAAAACUGUGGCAACCGUGACUGGAGGUGUUUUUGGCAAAGAUAAUUACGAAUUUUAUAAGUAUUCGUGCUUUUGGAAUAUCGGAUCAUGUAAUGAAACUAGUUUGGAGUGUCGAGUAUAUUUCUUCAACUUGAAGUACAAAUCGUUUAAAAAGGCUUUAGAUCACGAUGACGGAAUUAUGGUCAUGAAUUGUCCAGUUGCAACUGAUGGUGAUUUUCCUAACCCAUUGUUUCAUGGCUUGUCUAAAUUAUUCGGGAGAAAACUCAAACGUCCCGGAGACUGUUCCAAGGUGCAUAGCGCUUUCACCUACCGAUGGUACGUGAAUUUCCCCCUCGAAAGUGUUUAUACGAGUUAUAGAGCGGAUUUCAAUGACGAAGAAUUUGGAAAAAAAUUUUGUGCUGUUGUGAUUAACCUGCCUAUGAAUCGGCGUUUAAAUUUCAUUUCAAAAGAACAGUUCAAAUGUACGUUUGGGAAAAUUAAAGGAAUUUCACAGGAAGCUGCAAGUGACGAAUUCAUACAAGACGCGGGUGUGGCUAGGACGCCAGUCGAAAGACAUGAAGGAAUUUGUGUAUUAAAUAUCCCAGCAUGAUUGAUAGUGUUAUUUCAGAGUGUACAUAAUAAUUAAUGCGAACGUUUUAUGAUUAGGUGAAAUAAAUCUAAUUUAUUAUGA